AUGGCCAUUGCUGAUUCAUGUAUGACUGCAUGGGCACAGUCCAUGGGUACUGCCAGUACAGCCCUUCUCGAGGUGUGCCAACCCCUCUAUGCAUGCCAUGCCAACCGCGCUGCUGAACCGCCCGAUGUUGGUCUGCCUGCUGCGCCAUGCCCUGCUGCGCCAUGCCCUGCUGCCGCCCUGCAUGUAGCUGCCGGGCAUGCGGCUGCCCUGCCCGUUGCUGUCCCCCCUACUGCUGCCCUGCCUGCCACAUCCAAUAUGCCUGCUGCUGCCAUGCCUGCUGCUGCCCAGCAUGCUGCUGCCCCACCUCCUGCUGCCCUGCUGGCUGCUGUCCUGCCUGCUGACCUGUCUGCUGUCCUGCCUGCUGACCUGUCUGCUGUCCUGCCUGCUGACCUGUCUGCUGUCCUGCCUGUUGCCCUGCCUGCUUCCCUGCCUGGUGCCCUGCCUGUUGCCCUGCCUGCUGCCCUGUCUGCUGCCCUGUCUGUUGCUGCCCCUGCCGCUGCCCACCUAUCUGUUGCUGCCGUCUCUGCCGUUGCUUUCCCUGUUUUUGCCGUCUCGGCUGCUCUCCUUCUCCUUGAGUUUCACGUCGCCGGAUUCUUUGAGACGGGCCCCCAGACGUACUUCUGUCAAUAA